AGCGCAGCAGGUUCAUUUGGAAAGAAGGAUGAAAUUUUCUAUGGGCAGAGCGCGAACACACCGCGGGAUGCGUGUGUUUUCUCUGUACCAUGCAUCAUUUAAUCCAGAGAUAAGGUUUUAAACAGAAUAUUACCCUCACUUUUUAUUUUUAUCGGAAGCUCUCGGGGUAUAUUUCUCCCUCCUGUCUUGAGUCUGCCGCGAAGCUGUUGUCAGACAGGCAGAAGAUUGGAUUCUGUUGCUGGGAGGAGACCACACAGACUCCCCUCCCUGUUAGCAUUAUUAUUAGCUGGCUACGAUGCUUGUCUGCGGCUGCUGUCAUUCCCACACAGCAGACCGCUUUAUAACGAAGCAGGUCUCUGCUUGAUUGGUUGUGCUACCCUGUUGGAAGUAAAGGGUGAUUCGGAAAUACGCAGCACCUUUCAAGAUGGAUGUUGACCUGUGCGCCGGCGGGGACGGUACCAGGAAAAAAGCAGAGUUACCUGGAGCCGUGGACGGGACAAUGGAUGUUGUUCCUUUGGAGAUGUACGACUCUGCCAGGGCGAAAAUAUCUGCUAACCUGCGGUGGCUUUUUGCCAAAGCCUAUGGUAUUGACCAUAUUCCAGAGGAUCUGAGGGACCCGUUCUAUACAGACCAGUAUGACCAGGAGCACAUCAAGCCACCAGUCAUUCAUCUGCUUCUUUCCUGUGAGCUUUACUGCCGUGUGUGCGCCCUCAUCCUCAAGACUGAGCAGGCCGCAUCUCUUCAGUCUCACCUGUCAGUCAUCCAAGCUCUGUCCAGAAAGGGUAUUUAUGUCAUAGAGAGUGAUGACGCGCCUGUCACAGACGAGGACCUGGCCUGUAUUCCUAUAAAAAUGAGUGCUCACAUUUCAAUGAUCGAUGCUCUCAUGAUGGCGUACACCGUGGAGAUGAUCAGCAUCGAGAAAGUGGUGGCCUCUGUCAAGCGCUUCUCUACCUUCAGUGCCUCUAAGGAGCUGCCCUUUGACCUGGAGGACGCCAUGGUCUUCUGGAUCAACAAGGUGAAUAUGAAAAUGAGGGAGAUGAUGGAGAGGGAGCACAAAGUCAAGCCUCACCCCCUGGAGUCCCCCAGCCACCAAAAGGUCCGGUACCGCCGAGAGCAUGCGUCCGGUCGCCAGCUGCCCUUCUUCCCCCUGCUGGAGGACCUCAUGAGGGACGUUUGUGAUGGAGCUGCACUGCUCGCCGUGGUUCAUUUCUACUGCCCUGAUAUCAUGAAGCUAGAAGAUAUUUGCCUGAAGGAAGUUCCCUCCAUCGCUGAUAGUCUGUACAACAUCCAGCUGCUGAGAGAGUUUGCCAGCGAAUAUCUGAAUAAAAGCUGCUAUCUGACGAUGGAGGACAUGCUCUAUUCACCGCUUGUUCUCAAGCACAACGUCAUGGUGUUCAUCGCUGAACUGUUCUGGUGGUUUGAGACUGUCAAACCAGAGUUUGUUCAACCCAGAGACCUUCAAGAGUUUAAAGAUGCUCGAGCCAUAGCUCAUCCCAAGAGUGCCCGUCCGUCAGUGCCCAUCUCUAACGCCACCAAGCGCAGCUUUCUGACCAGUCCUGGCGUGACAGAGAACCAGAGCAGCCCUGAAGUCUGUAACAGGUACUUCCUGCACCCUGAAGGCUCUGACCCUCUUAAAGGGGGUCCCACCUUCAGUCCCUCACACCCACUGCUCCCUCUCAGGCAGAGACAACAGAAGCAGCAAGGUGAUGACAGCGGAGGUCCAAGAAACCGGUCCAACUCCCUGACACAGAUGGACAAACAACAACUCAGAGGAUCUGCUGCAACGUGGACCGACAAAAGGCAAAGACCCCUGUCUACGCUCAGCCCCUUCAUGCUCCACUCAGCCACUGACAGCGACGCAGACGUGGCCUCUGGGGAUAGCGUGAGUCUGGCUCGCUCAAUUAGUAAGGACAGCCUGGCAUCCAACAUCACCAACAUCACGCCCAAACAUCAGGGCGCCGUCCAGCAGUCGUCAAUCGCUGCCAUGAGAAGAAUCAACGGCCACAAUCUUCUGAGUAAUGUCAACAUGGAGGACGGGGAAGAAACUUUAGUUGUUUCCAGGACUGAUGCCUCCACUAUCCCAAAACGGGUGGAUACAGCAGGAGCAGGAGCCAAAGCUGCUUCUGAGGGCUUUUACCUGGAACCACUGAUGCCUGCUGUCCUGAAAACAGCUAAGGAGAAGUCUGUCUGCCUGAACAAAGAGGAGGAGAGUGGGGAGGGGGCUCGCUCAGCAGGUAGGGGCUCUUUACGCCGAGGAGAUGGACCUUCUGCCGCAGUCCGAAGAAAAGCCCCGUCUGAUCUCAGCCAGGUUUCUCCUCCAGGCAAGGAGGACAUUCUGCCAGAGGAGCAGCGGCAGUCUGAUUUCAGACCAGUCCUCACCAGCAGAGAAACGGCUGAAGGUUUCUACCUCCAUUCAGAUUCUGAGGAACCAAAGAAUAUCAAUGGCCCAGAGGCUGAGCUAGGAGACCUGGAUGAGGAGGAAGAAGAUCUGGAUGAAGCUCUGACCACUAAACACUCGAACCAUCCGAGGAAAGCUUACAGCGACGCUGAUGAAGAAGAAUCAGCCAAGCUCCAGGAGGACCUGAAUGUUAAAGAACAUGAAGACAAGGACUUCAAUGGAGGCAGUGGACGCUCCAGCCCCUGCCUCAGCACACACUCCCAAGCUAGUAGCAUGGCUAGCGGCAGCGUGCGCAUGACAUCCUUCGCUGAGCGUAAAGCUCAGCAGCAGCGCUUCGGCAGCAAUCAUGACCUGCGCUCCAGUGCCUCCAGCUCUCAGAGGACCACUCCAGACGGAUCAGAGAGCAGCGGGCCCCUGUCCAAUUCCUGGAGAAUCAAGAGAGAUCAGAGCCCGUCGUCUCCCUCAGGGGGAUGCUCUCGCCCGGGUGAGGGCGGUACAAAUGUGCUGGCCUCUGAAAUCGUUCAGCUCCGGAUGCAGCUAGAGGAGAAGCGCCGCGCCAUCGAGCACCAGAAGAAGAAGAUGGAGGUGCUGGCAGCGCGGCAGAGGCAGAAGCUGGGGAAAGCAGCCUUUCUGCACAUCGUUAAGAAAGGUGGAGGAAGAAGCGACACGUUACCCAGCUCACUAAAAGCCGACAUCUGUAAAGACGAGCUGAAUGGGGAGAAAGGACCCUUAAGUAAAGACGAUAUGUGUGUUGAUACCCUGCGGGGGGAGAAGGAGGGAGAGGGGAUGGGCCCUCCAGGUGCCUUAGAAGCAGACAAGAAGGGAAACAGUGGAAGCUUUUAUCUAGAUGAAGAGUUGGACCUGAACGAGUGCAGCCGCUCCAUCGAGCUGCUGAACGAGGCCAUCGGCAGCAUCCAGCAGCAGAUGAUGCAGCUGUCACUGCAGCAGGAGAUGCUGAUGAAACAGAAUGUACAAUCCCCAGCUGGUGCCGCUCCACCUCCUCCUCCUCACACAGGAGAUAAGAAUGGAGACUCUAAGGCAGGAGGAGGCUUUCACUUUGUGGAGCACCUCUCUGGGACAAGCAGCGCUCCAACCAGGAAACCCCCCAAGCUAAGCUCGGGCCGGAGCUCCAGGUCAAAGCCCUCUGAGUUAAAGUUUGCUAAGGACCAGAGCCGACAGGCCCCCAGGACCCCCACGCCUUCUCAAGGGGGAUCCGAGACAUUCCCAAACCCACGGCAGUUAGCAGGGGGCAGGUCCCCUAGAGCUGAGCAGCCCGGCAGCCCCAAAAGACCCACACCCGCAGAGAUCAUGGACAGACCGGGAUCCGGGCACAUCAGGAGCGCCACCUUUCGCCUUCACGACGAGGCCAACAUGCGCCUGCCGACCCGCGUGGACCUGACCUCUCUCUCUGCUCCAGAACUGUUGGACGAGUGCCUGCCUGGUUCGCAGAGAGAGGGAGAGCACAGAUCGCAAGGGAAAGAGGGCGUGUCUUCAGAAGAGGCGCAGCGCAGCAAAGCCCACCUCAUAGAGGUGGAUCUGUCUGAGCUGAAGGCCCCCGAGGAAGAGGAGGCAUCUGAGGACAGACAGAUGGAGGAUGGCGAUGGAGAGCAGAAGUCUGUCCUGGGCUUCUUCUUUAAGGAUGAGCAGAAAGCCGAAGACGAACUUGCUAAGAAGCGGGCGGCAUUCCUGCUGAAACAACAGAAGAAAGCUGAAGAGGCUCGCAUCCGCAAACAGCAACUAGAGGCAGAGUCCGAACUGAAACGGGACGAAGCCAGACGAAAGGCAGAGGAGGAGCGUCUGCGUAAAGAGGAGGAGAAGACGCGAAGGGAGCUAAUAAAGCAGGAGUACCUACGGAGGAAGCAGCAGGAGAUGUUAGAGGAGCAAGGCCUGGUGAAACCCAAAACACCCAAACCCAAGCAGAAACACAAACACAAGGCGGUCAUCAGAGAGGAAUCCAGUGAUCAUUUCUCCAAGUGCUCUUCCACACCUGACAACCUGAGCAACGCCCAGUCAGGCUCCAAUCUGUCUCUGGCCUCUGCAGCUACAAACGAAGCCGACAGCGUCAACUCCGGAGGAGCCGGCUCUCAGCGCUGUGACUCAGUGGAGUCGUUUCCAGGCAGUCGUAACAACAGCCGAGCCGCAGAGAGAGACUGGGACAACGGCUCCACUGCAUCCUCCAUCACCUCCAUGGCAGAAUACACUGGUCCUAAACUAUUCAAGGAGCCGAGUGCAAAGUCAAAUAAGCCAAUCAUACAUAAUGCAAUCUCUCACUGCUGCCUGGCAGGGAAAGUCAAUGAGCCCCAGAAGAACCAGAUCCUGGAGGAGCUGGAGAAAUGCGAAUCCAACCACCUGAUGAUCCUGUUUCGUGACGGCGGCUGCCAGUUCCGGGCGCUCUACUCGUACUUCCCUGACACCGAGGAGAUCCAUAAGCUGACGGGCACCGGACCCAAGAGCAUCAGCAAGAAGAUGAUCGACAAGCUGUACAAGUACAGCUCAGAUCGCAAACAGUUCACCGUCAUCCCUGCCAAGACGGUGUCAGUCAGCGUGGACGCCUUGACCAUCCACAACCACCUGUGGCAGGCCAAGAGAGGUGCUGUGCCAAAGAAAAUGGGGAAAUAGACUGGUUUUAGAUCCAUCAUCCCGCCUCCCCGCCCAGCACAGUCUGAAUAUCUACUGUGAUGUCACAGGGAUAGCUUCAGGUUGAUGUUGGUUGUUAUGAAGCAAGCAUGUGGGAGAACCUCCAUUUUGACAUGAAAUAUUUCUUAGUUCAGCGCCGUCAUGGUUGAAACCUAAAACCUAACACCCUUCCUCUUCUGGAUAAUUCAGGCCUGAAGGUGGAGACAUUCGUUUGACCCGUUUAGGGCCGUUUCUGAUUCUACAGGAAGCUGCAUCGUCAGGCUGACAUCAGUGGUUUGCUGCUCAGAACCAUCUUCUUUCUGUCUGACGGGGAGGGCGGUUCUAACCGGUUCUCCUUCUAGUCACAUCCAUUUGCCUUUCUCAUACAUCAUGGUACUAUUAGGUGUUUUUAUUCCGCUGCUUUUUAACUGAUGGUGUAGCAGCGGGUUUGUGUGUCAGAAAUAAAAACGGCUCUGAUUAUUUUAAGGACCCUUUUAUUUGUUAAAACAUCCCGUUUUCUGUUUUCUGGAUGUUUUGAAGAAGGGGGGUUGUUGACAGGGCUUGACAAAAAAAUGCUCUUUAUUUUGUUUGUUUUCUUUAGCUUUUUAAAAUAUUUUUGUCAUGGAAGAAUUGUUCCAGUUUACGAAGGCGUUAUGUGUUUUUAUCAUAACGGGAUUUCUCUGAUGUUUAGAGCUUUGUUGUUUUAUUUUCUCUCCACCGGGCACUCCUGAAUCAUCCUGUACAAAGGUGCACUCAUGAAUACUUGUCAACGGCUUCUUUUCAUGCAAUGUAACUCCUCUGAGUAUUCGUGUCCCGUCUUUAUUCACACGGGCGGGGAGGACCCCCUCCUCGUUUCGAAGGGUGCUUCCUGCUCAGCUCCAGUGACAGUAUUUGAUAUCCUCUCGCAAAGGGUUUGUGGUUCAGUUGUGUUCCAACAUUAAAGAGCAUUCCUCCAAGGUGUUGACAAGCACUGCCACAUCGUCUCUUCUUCACUGUCUUGGCGAAACCGUUGAAAAUGCUUCUUCUUUUUGUUAAAUAAACCAUUCGUUGGCCUCGA